UUUAAUUUUUCCACAGAGCACUGAAAUAAUUUUUUUUAGCUUGGGUUUAAGAUGUUAAAAUGGUUUCAAGUAUUCUACAGAUACAGAUUUUUGGACAAAACUGAAUUCUUUCCAAAAAACAGUUAAUUUUAAGUUUUGUUUUACCCUAUGGUAAAAACUCUUGGAAACUUUUUUUUCCUUCCAAAAUCUCAUUUUCACCUGAAAUAAUUGUAUUCAGGUUUUCUCAGCAGGUAAAGUAUAAAUUCUUACAAGGUUUCAAAUUUCAGAAUUCCAAUAAUGCAUUUAAACUGAGCACCCACCGAAUCACUUUCUCUUCUCUUUGUGUGUGUCUAUUAUCUUGCUGUUCUGUUAUUUACACUGAAUUUUAGUCUUUUUAGCUCCCCAAACCCUCAGCAGUUGCUAACCACUUAAUAAUUGUGAACCCGCCAGCCCCUUCAAGUAGAUCGUUAACCACAAGAGUGCCUGACAAUUUCCAAAUCAUAUCCUCUGUCCAAAAGGAAAAGAUAGGGCUUUGUGAGGCCGAAAGGAAGCGAAGGAAAACAAAACAAAUGUAGCUCAUGUAGAAAGUGAAAAGUGCUUGGACAGAUUAGUAUUUUCUGCAAGGCGUCCUGCCAAACUUUUUUUUUUUAAUAGAGAAAAGUUAUUUUUCGGUCUGAUUUCUCAGUUUCUUGGAAAGUGUGGGUAUUUACCAUCCCCACCGGCCUCUCAUAAUUAUUGUUGGUUGUUUUGUGUUUUUCCCAUCCGUCCACAUCACAGACUGCUGAUACCCCCGCCUCACUCUGUCAAAACCCCAACUGUGGGCGACCCUGGGUUUGGAAACUCUGCCGACUCCCGACGUCUCAUCCCACUCUCCCUCUCACGCCUCUUGUUUUAGUCGCAAGAACCCCCACUCCAAUCGCAGUGAAAGCCGGAAAUUUUCAUUUAACUCCCCCACCUCCGACUCGCCCCCCAGUUGGAGCCGAGAGCUGGGGAGCUGGGAGGCUCAGAGCACAGCCGGGUCUCGGCCGCCUCCCCUGUCUCCGGAAGGCUUUAAUUUGCACACUUGCUUGCUACUGCACCGCGAGUCCCCAACCCCGCCGCAGGGUGGGUCUCGAGCAGAGUAGGUCUCCCGGGCCUCCGCCCCCGCCCCUUGCUGCCUCCCCGGCUCUGCCCCGAGCCUCGGCCAGAGCCCCGCGGCCGUACUGUCUCCCAGCGAACCGUGCGGGCGGCGCCCUCCGCGGUCCCUCCGCCCUCCGCCGCUGUGCCCACCCCCUUGCGGGAGAGAGAGCUGGUGACUCCUUCCUCCAACCGGGUUACCUUCUCCGCGCCGCGCUGGACACGUGCGGACAUCAGACUGACACUUGCAGCCCCCUCCGGAGGCUGGACGAGGCCAGGCCCCUCAGGUGGAAUGAUUGUGGACUGAGACGCGCUCGGGCAGAGACUAUGUAAUCGCCUCGGUGCCUGUGCAGAGGUCUGCGCUUCGGGGAGGGAAGAGGAGGGAUCGGCUGGCUCUUCGGCGAUUCGGCAGGCGGAGUUUCGCGAGGAGGUAGCUCCAUCCAGCCCCGGCGGCCGCGAGAGCCCGAGUGCCGGAGCGCGGUAGUUGGCGGGGGUGAGGGAGAGCGAGAUCGAGACCGAGCUCCUGGGCGCAAGGGAGCGGCGGGGGAGUCCCAGAGCAGGCGAGCGGCGGCCGCGAGCGAGCAGAGCGCGCCCCCCGCCCUCCCUAGCGGCGCCGCGCCGGGCGGCGUCCGAGCGGUAUGGAGAAGGACGGCCUGAGCCGCGCCGACCAGCAGUACGAGUGCGUGGCGGAGAUCGGGGAGGGAGCCUAUGGGAAGGUGUUCAAGGCCCGGGACCUGAAGAACGGAGGUCGUUUCGUGGCGCUCAAACGCGUGCGGGUGCAGACCGGCGAGGAGGGCAUGCCGCUCUCCACCAUCCGCGAGGUGGCGGUGCUGAGGCACCUGGAGACCUUCGAGCACCCCAACGUGGUCAGGUUAUUUGAUGUGUGCACAGUGUCACGAACAGACAGAGAAACCAAACUAACAUUAGUAUUUGAACAUGUUGAUCAAGACUUGACCACUUAUUUGGAUAAAGUUCCAGAGCCUGGAGUGCCCACGGAAACCAUAAAGGACAUGAUGCAUCAGCUUCUCCGAGGUCUGGACUUUCUUCAUUCUCACCGAGUAGUACAUCGUGAUCUAAAACCACAGAACAUUCUGGUGACCAGCAGUGGACAAAUAAAACUGGCUGACUUCGGCCUUGCCCGCAUCUACAGUUUUCAGAUGGCUCUUACCUCAGUGGUCGUCACGCUGUGGUACAGAGCUCCAGAAGUCUUGCUUCAGUCCAGCUACGCCACCCCCGUGGAUCUCUGGAGCGUUGGCUGCAUAUUUGCAGAAAUGUUUCGUAGAAAGCCUCUUUUUCGUGGAAGUUCAGAUGUCGAUCAACUAGGAAAAAUCUUGGAUGUAAUUGGACUCCCAGGAGAAGAGGACUGGCCCAGAGACGUUGCCCUUCCCAGGCAGGCUUUCCACUCAAAACCUCCUCAGCCUAUUGAGAAGUUUGUAAACGAUAUUGAUGAACAAGGCAAAGACCUACUUCUGAAGUGCUUGACGUUUAAUCCAGCCAAAAGAAUAUCUGCCUACGGUGCUCUGUCUCACCCAUACUUCCAAGACGUGGAGAGGUUCAAGGAGAACCCGGAUUCCCAUCUGCCACCCAGCCAGAACAGCUCCGAGAUGAAUACAGCCUGAGGUCCCAGCCGCGGCCCUGAGCUGAUCACCUACAGAACACCCAUGGUGGCUGAUGGGUCCCCCUGAGUAAGCCCUGCAUCUCUGCUGAGGACCACGGGCAGGAGACCUUCUCGCUGCCUGCCGUCUUCUGGAUGCUGUCUGCUUCUCCAAGGAAACUGCCUAGUUUACUGUUUGAAAUCAGUGCAAGAGCAAUUGCAGCUUUAUGUUCAUUCAUUUGUUUGUCUGUCUGUUUCAAGAACCUGGAAAAAUUCCAGAAGAAGAGAAGCUGCUGACCAAUUGUGCUGCCGUUUCAUUUUUCUAACCUUGAAUGCUGCCAGUGUAAAGUGAGCAAUCCAGGCACAGCUGAGUUAUGAUGUAAUCUCUCUGCAGCUGCCGGAGCCUAAUUUGGUACUUCUGAGUGAGCAUGUGUGUGUGCGCGUGAGUCUUGAUCUCUUAAAAAGUGUUACUUUCUGUAAAUGACAACAAUAAUUGAAUUUUAAAGACUCGGAGUGACCCAUAAAUAACAGGCAUCUGUUAACUGAAGGUGAUUCACCAGAAUGGGCUUCUCAAAUUAGAAAGUUGAGCGUAUGUUCUCAGAAUUUCUUGUCUGGCCAAAAGCAGUAAAUUUGCUAGCAGUGAAAGUUUCACUAUCUAGAUGAAGUUUUAGAUGAAGUUUUAUACACACAAAAGAGAAAAAAAAAUUCUAGUAUCUUUUAAGAGACCUAUUUUUUAAAGCAUACAUCCUAUUUACUCUUUAAAAAGCUGAAUUUACUCAUUCUAAGUCAAUUUUAACCUGUAUACUAUGCUUUAUUGUGUUUUUUGGGGGGGAAUAAAACUCUAUAAACUCUUUCUUACUUGCUAUAGAUUUAGGGAGUGUACCUCAAAUAGGUAAAAUUGUCAAAAAAAAAAUAGAGAAAGCCUUUAUUUCCUAGUUUGAAAUGUAUUUCCUUUUUGUUUUUUGUUGUUGUUCUGUUUUUGGUUUUAGGAAUUUGUCAGAAACUGUUUCCUGUUUUGACUUGGAGAAUAGCUCUCUGACUAGAGACGGGAAUACCAUUUAAGUUUUCCCCACUUAUUACACUGUACUUCCUCUACCAUGCACUGCCGUGUAUGCAUCUUCUCUCUCCCCCAGUGCCUCUAAUAUACAGAGGGUGCCAAAAAAAUGUAUACACAUUUUAAGAAAGGAAAAUUGUAUUAAAAUUGUAAUGCACAACAUAUACCAAUAACAAAAGAUGAAUACAAGUCACGUUUGACUUCUUCAAUUAAAAGAGGUGCUCAAAGUGGUUACCAUCAGCGUCCAGACACUUCUGAUUCCGGCGAACUGCUCCUUGAGCAAUGUUAACCAAAGUGUCCACUUGUAUACAUUUUUUUGGUACCCCCGGUGUAUCUGACUACCCAUUACAUAACUAAUAACAGAUUGCUUAAGCUGUUCCCAUGCACUUUCUUGCUUUCAGUGAACCUGGCAUAAAUAGUUAGAUUCAGAUUAUGGCUUACCGCUUCAAUUCCCCAAUAUUAACAGGUCUCCUGUUUUCUAGCUCUAGUGCAAUCUUCCUACCUGGCAUUCACAGUUGUUACCGAGGCAAUGAGUAGAGGACUAGUUCUUCUCUAUCACUACCAUGUAGAUUGCUUUAAAGUGUUGUUAGUGUUUUACAUUCUUAUUGAAUAUAUUGUCAUUGUAGAUAUUCUGAGAGAGUAUCUUGAACUCUUUUUUAGAAAUAAAUAUUUACUCUAUAAAACAUCUUUUCUCCAUCCCCAAGGCUGUGCUCAUUUCUAGUGCCUUGUGCACACUCCUGCUCUCUGCAGAGUCAGCCUGACCCAGGCACUGUGAACAGGUUUAUUUUUUCUCUUGCUCUUUUCUAUUUAGUAUUUUCCAUUUCAUACCAUCUCUACCUUACAUGUGGUUAGUGCUCAGUUGGCUCUGAUAACCGGAAGACACAGAGAUUAAGUAUGUUUUGGGAAUUUUAGCUACCUUUGCUUUCUGACGCACGUUUUGAGCGCAUGCAACAGUUAGACCAUGUUUAGGGUUAGAGUUUUCAAAUAAUAGACAUUGCUUCACUCAGUAGAAUAUGUUCCAAGUGAUGUUUAUGCAUUGUCAAGCCUUACUGAAUUCUUCACCGCUUAAUAUUGUAUAUGACUGCCUUGACCAAGAGAAAAAUUAGGAUAGUUUUCUCCUUGAGAGCAUUUUGAGUCAGGAACCAUUUAUUAUUAAUACAUAUGUUAUUUAACAUUAUUCUAAUUCAGUAACUUGAAGAGCAGGAAAAUUUUUCUAAAGCAAGAUAUGAAGAUGGGCCAUAAGGAUGUUUUACCCUUUUGUUCCUUGUGACAAUAAUAAUUAUGUUUUGUCAUCACUGUAAAUGCUUGAGAUAUAAUGAAUCCAGAGCAUUCAGGGCAAGGUGUAUUUGUGGUCGCCCCUGGAAAAGUGAGUUCUGCGUUUCCUUUGAUUGGGGUCUAAAUACAAAGACAUUUUUGCUCAGGCCUAGAAGUUGACUUUUAAAACUCACUGCACUGAUUCACCAUGAGCUGUUCAGUUAGUAUCCAUGGUUAGAAUGAACAUUAACUUGAGUUUCUGCUUUUGCAAAAGUUUUUUGUAAGUUUCCUCAAGAAAAACGGAGCUGUUCUAAACUGGAAUUUUUUUCAGCAUUCUUUAGAAUUUUAAACAAAUAGGAGCUCAACUUUUAUUUCUAGCACAUGCUUUUGAUUCAUUUCUCAGUAGUGUUUAUAAAGAAAAUUUAAGGCACAGGCAUUUUGGCAUUAGCUAAUAGCCAGCUUAUCCCCUGAGAGGCGGAAUGAGAGGGCAUUUCAGCCUCUCUGAACUUAAGAGUCUGUCCCCAGCUCUUCCAUCAGUGUGGUUGGUGCACCUGAGUCGUCACUUUCUUGUUUUAUGUCUGUUACGUUGGGGAUCACUGCUUCUGAAAUCCAGCUCCCACACAAGCACUCUUGCAGUUAGGGUACUUUGAGGCAAUAGCAGAAUUGAAUUUACUGAAUACAGCUUAUUCUUUUGUGACAUAUGGUUUCAGAUAUCUUAACCAAAAGCUAGGCAGGGGUUAGCGGAAAAGGUCAUACUGCCUCAGGGUUAUACUGAAGCAGCUUAGAGCAGUACACAUAUGGUGACAAAUUUAAAAUCACAUUUGAAUUUCUUUCUAGAACUGGUCCAAGAAUGUGCCGGAUAGUUUCUAUAUGAUACUCCGUUCUGGCAGCCCAGGCAUUGUGGGAACUUGUAUAGGGUGGUGUUUGUAACAAACUACAUUUAAAAAGAGUAAGGGAGAAACCUCCUUUUAGGCAUCAUAGCUAUAGUGUGGCAAAGGGUAAUAAGGAUCUAACCUUAUAAUCUUAAAAACACAAUUCCUAAGAGCUUGUAAGAAUCCAGUGAGAUGGAGCCUCCCACUUUGUCUCUCCUUUGAAGUGGAUGGGAAUUCACGAAGCAAAGAACCAGUUUUGGAGGAACGCUCUAGGCCAUUUCUAGGCCUAGCCCCAUGUAUUCUCAUAAUUUUCUCUCAGGAAACACACACUAUGAAUGGCAGACUUUUCAUUUAGCCCCAGGUGGCUUACUAAAAACAGUUCAAAAUAUUCACCUAAGAAUAGAAUCUCAGCCUUUUAGUUUUAAGUAAAAAUGAAAAUUUUGGAAUACACAGGAUGUUAAUAUCUUAAAAAAAGUGUACCUUUUAAUAGAGAAAUUUAUAGUUUGACUCCAGAAUGUGGUACUAUCCAUAAUGAUGAGGAAAAACUUAAAUUGUACCAAACAUUUUGAAUCUUAAAUUAUGUAUUUAAAUUGAGCUUUUAACUAACUAUAGCAGCUUCUCUUAAAAGUAGUGCCUAUAAAAGUCAAUAAUGGUAAUUCUCAUUCCAUUAUGGAAAUUAAAUCAUGUAAGCUUCUUAGUAUCAUAAACAUACUAAAAUUCUUCUCUCCAAAGAAUUGCUUUUUUCUUUUUAAGUGACAACAUGACUAUUUUUAUGAUAAGCAAAUGAGACUAUCGCACAUUUUUCCAAAAGCAGGCUUUUGUUGCAUAGUUGGGUCUAGGAAAGAAUAAUUUAAAAGUUAAUAAGCCCCUAUUAUUACUUCAUUGUGUUAGUAUAGAAACUAUAGGAUAUUUACUUUGGAAAGAAAAUAUUGAAAUAUAAAUUCUUAGCUAUUAAUAGAAUUCAAAAGAAUGCAUGUUUUUACAUUGUGACACAAAAAUAAUGUAUAAAAAUAAAGAUGUUAUAUGAUUUCUAAAUCUUUAAAUAUCGUAAAACAGCAGGCAAUGGAUAGAGGAAAUUCUAGAGAAAACGAAGGUAUGCAAAGAAGGAUAGUUGCAAAAUUACAUGUAUUUUGAGGGAUAUAUAGUUUAUUAAAUAUGUUGUAAGAAUUUAUAUUGAAGUCAUCUGACAAUUAUGAACUUGAUAUGUUCAAAAACAAAUUUUAUGAAAAAGCCAUUCCAAACAGUUACCAUUUCAAAAGUUGAGCUAAGCGAGCUAAAUCAUGUGUAUUCCUUCUUCAUUUCAUGGGAAGAAGCAGCCACAUGAAGCUACACUUGUUAUGCAAGCCCAAAGAUGUUCACUGUAAAAAAAAAAAAAAAAAAUUUUAAAUUUAAAGGCAUGUGUUUUCUUUGCCACCAGAAUUUUUGAAAAAUUGUGAAACCCAAACCAUUUAUCAUGUGCAUGUGCAUUCAGUACAUUCAGAUAUAUGAUUAGGAAGAUUGUUACAUCUUCCUUCUCCACGGUGGAAAAACUUCUUGAGGCUGCCAAAAACCUGUCGAGCAAUGUAAGUCCUCAGAUAAUUAGUAACAGUGCUUCCCUCAAAAGCAGAAGAAAAUAGCAUUUUCAUUUCUUAGCGAUGUAAUUUUCAACCUAAUUUUGUUACAUACCUAUAUCUCAAGCAUUUCUAACUUGUACUUUUUCAGAAAAUAAACCAAAAAUAUUCUUUUGGCCUUUUCUAUCUUCUGACCUUUGUCAACAACAAAAAGAGGACAAUUCUGAUUUUUAAAUUUGUUUUUCUCAAUUAGUUGUUUGGUUUUAUUUUUAAAUGAAGUGCAAAUGGGCUUUUCAAAAUGUUUCCUAUUUCUCAGCAGUCCCAGGGAGUGAAUUUAGAUAAAUGAAUGGACUUCCAUCAACAUAUUUCUGUUUCCUUGAUACUGGUACUCUGGCCUUCAAGAGGGAAAAACAAGAGCCACCUGAAAACAAAUGCAGGCUUUUGUCAAGCAUCUAUUUAAAUUAUAUUCCAGCAAUGGGAAGUUAAUGUGGUAGGAAAAAGAGGUGCAAAGGUCUGUUUCAAAAUUCACACUGUCCUAAGAGAUAGGCUUUCUCGUUUUAUUCCAGGGUAUUCCACAAGGUGGCACUUUCACGGGGAGGGGAAAUAUGAGUAAAGCUAAAAAGGUAUUUCUGAAGACUGAAUUCUAACUUUAUUUUUCUGCACAUAUUUAACUCGUGCCCAGCACUCGUUUUUCAGGAUGGUUGACAGUCUUCAUAGUGUUCAGUAACUUAGAUAUUUUAGGAUUGUUCUUGAGAUUGGAUAAUACACUCAUUUUGAUCAGUUAAGUGCAUAAAGAAAGCCUAGUCAUUCAUUUAUUUAAGAAACAUUUUUUGAGGUACCUAAUUACCUCACUUUUCUAGGUGCAGAAGUUUCAAAGAUGAUGAACAGACAGGUUUAUUACUACUAAAAAGGCGACACUCACCUAUGAGCAGGACAGUUUUGUUAGGAGUGUAAAACUCUUCCAGUGUCCCCAGCCAAAAUACCAAACCCCCUGUCUGCUGCUGUCACAUUCCCUACCACGGUUGCCUUUAGACAUCGAUUAAUUUUUUGAAUCCUAAUUAAAAAAUCAGAUGAACAAAAUAAAUAGCACAUCAGUUAUUAAAUGGCAAAACUAUUUUUUCUAAAGAAUUGGCUAUGCUGAAACAGCCCUGAAAUACUAAAAAAAACCUGGUAAUUUUUACAUUUGUGUACUCACAAGUGUAAGUUCGCAAGAAAUUCUAACUUUUAAAGAUUUUGUCUAAACAUGUGACUAUAAUAAUUUAGGAGUAGUAUAUCUACCCAGGUGUUUAAUUCUCUACUUGUGAAGUUCUUUGGCAACUUUAUUUUAGAUAAAGAUACAGAUAUCCAUAUGCUCUUAUGUUUUAAUUCUCGGGUCUGCCCAGAGAGCCAUUAACUCCCAGGUGAUUUGAGUUCAUUUUAGAAGUCACUUUCCUCAGUUGUGUCACUGAAAUUCAGGAGGAAGCAAAUUAUAUUUUUGAGAAUUUCCUUAGCGCAACCUAACAGAAGGCAGUCUAUUUCUUCUGAAUGGCAGAAAUUCAACUGUGCCUGCUUAACUUUCCUACACAGUAACCAGCAGGUAAGUGUCGGUAAUGCGUACUGAGUCAAGCUACCGCACACACCAGGGGCUGUCAAAAGCUUUGAGACAUCGUCAGCCUCAUCCCUCUGCUUAAAAUCCCCCUGAAGUAGGUUAGAAUUUAAGGCCGAAUUCAAACCUUGAGUUUGUUAUCAGUUGGGCCAGUCUGAAUUCUAUUUGUUUGUGUUUAAAACUUCACUCCCACCUGAAAACCUUACGGGUGCGCUGCCCGUUACCCCGCCCCUUCGGCAGUAGAGUGGCAGUAGACGGAGCUGGCUGGGCCCGGUCCGCUGCUCACCUGUUAGUGCUGAAAUGAUGUAGGGACCCGGCGGGAAACUGCCCGAGGUCCACGUUCCCUGCUGCUGUCUUAGAGGCAUCUGUUCUGCAAUCUUAGGAAGUAAAAUGUCCCUAGAAGCAGACGUGUGCCUUCUGUGCAUAAGUAAGUACAACACAAUUCUCUGAAAGUUCGGGUAUAAAGAGAUGCUACUCUGUUUGAAACUAUCAGGCAUCUCUCAAGCUCUAAGCUCUGUUCUUUUGUUUUUGUUUUUGUUUUUUGGGUUUUUUUUUUUUAAGAGAAAAUGUAUGAUUACAGGAAAGAUUUUUUAUUUUUUUAUUUUCUAUCAUUCUACGUAUAUGAUGGCACACAAUAUGCCUGGAAAGUUUUGUUUUGAAAAUUUGUUUAUUUUUCUGCUUCAGCCUCAGUAGGCAAGAGCUCCUAACUCUUUUGUUCCUAAUUUUUUUCUUUCUCUUUUUUCUUUGUUAAGUAAUUAAAGGUAUGUAAGCAAAUUAUCUCAUGUAGUAGGGGAUUUUCCUGUUUAGAGGAUGUUUGUUUUGUCGAGCAAAUAAUCAACCCUUCUCUGUUUCAGGAGUUUGGAUUGUCAAAUGUAGGUUUUCUUACAGGGAGGCACAUAACUACAUACUGCUACCAAGAACUACAACUGUAGCACUAAUCAACAAGCAUAGAGCCGCUCGCUCAAUUUCAAACUCUCUGUGGUUUCUGGCCAGAUUCCAUUGAGGUGCUUAGGCUACAAUCCUGAAGAUACCCUUUGUACCCUUACUUGAAAGUUUCUGAUUUUAAGUGUUAUGAAAUGCAAUAAUACGUAUUAGCUAGCAAUAGGUCUGUGAUCACCAGCAACUCUGACCUUGAAGUCUCUGAAUCAUAGAUCCCAGCAACAAUACAUUUCUUGAACCCCCUCCCCUCCCAAGUGCAUCAUACAUCUUCUCAUUUUGGUCCUGUGUUUGCAACAAUGUCCACAUGACGAUAGUUCCUCACUUAUUUUGCAUUCAUUUAUUUCGCUAUGACAAGUAAUGUAUUAGUUAAUACAUGGAAUGAAGAGCAUCAACUACCCCUAGCACUUAACAAGAUGGGAAGUUUCUAUUUCAAGUUGUUCUACAUUUGCAUAAGUUAUUUCUAUUAUUAUUCAUUUAUAUUAUUUAUUUCUGUAUCACACUAGUCCUGUGAAAGUGCAACUGAAGGCAAACCACAAUAGGAUAUGCAUUUAAUGUUCAUAAUCAUUGUCUUGACAGAGCUAAGAAAAUUAAAAAUUAUACUAAACCCCCAAAUAAGCUGCAUGCAUUUUAACAUGAUAAUAGAAUUUGAGUCUAUAGAUAUAUAGUGUUUUGUGUCUAGGUGUUUUAUCAUGUAUAAAGGAAUUAAAGCAAAGGACUUUGGUUGUUCUUUUGUCAAAUAUGCAUAUAGUAUAGUGUGAAAAUAACAAAAAUAAAAACUACAGAUAGAAAAGCAUCAGAUACUGCCUUAAUUUAGGAACUCUGCCAGAUGGCCAUCGGAGUAGGUGCCAAGCAGAGACAGGUGCCUGGGCAGUGCCUCAUGUCUGGCCUUGAGAAGAAGCUUCCCUCGUGUGAUCUAUUGCCCUUGUAGGUGUUGUGUGCAUUAAUGGGAACAGGUAAUACUGUCGAAAGGAGAGUAGUGUGAAAGUUUUCUGUAGAAGCAGAACUGUCAGCUUGUGCCUUGAGGCUUCCUGAAUGUGUCAGAUGGAUAAGUCCCAGUUUCCAUGCUUCAAGCAACUUGGUUUUGUACAGAAGCAGUCCAGUCUGGUAAUAAAAACAAGGAUUGCAUGUACAAUAAUCAACAGUGGGAUUUUAACAACCAACAGUUCCCACGCACCUCAAAACCUUGUUGCAUUUCUGGUAUUUUAGGUUUUGAGCUGAAGGUUAAACCGCAAGUGUUCAGAAUAGAAGAGCUGUGUGUAUUAAGAAAAGCACAAUAUCGGUUCCCAUAGGGUACAGGCUAGAACUGAGAGGGUUAUAGGAUUAUCAUUUCUGAGAUGUGUAAAAUGCAUUAGUGUUUCUGCAUUCCCAUAGGGCCUAGUUAAAACUUCCUUCUAGGUUUCGGCAAGGAUGUCACACCCAGUGAGUUUUUGUUUUUGUUUUUGUUUUGUCUUAUAAUACAAGUAGAAAACUUGUAUUAUAAAGAAAACUUGUAUCUUUCUAAAAGUAGAAAACAAAUCUUGGACAUUUGAUUUGUUGGUUUCUGUGUUUGAAAUCACGGUUCUGGAGAUGUAGAGAUUGUGCGUGUCAGAUACUAAUCUAGACUGUGUGAAGCAGCCCGGGGUGAUGCCCAUCCUCUGCAUCCCUGCCCCCUUCCUCUGAAGUGCUCCCUGCCCCCACCCUGGCCAGUCCGCGUGGUGCUCUCUAUUCCCUCUACUGCUCGGUGGGCAUCAGGAACAUAAAUGAGACAUGCUUUAGGCAUCACAGGUGUGCCUCCUCAGGCUUGGCCACCAUCCUUACUUGACCUGCGGCUGGCAACAGUCAUGAGAAGGUUCCUGGUGCUGGGCACAGAGUGUACUCACAACACCAAUCACAAAUGCCCUCUGGCAUCUUUAUCUAUAUCUUGAUUUAUAAACCCAGUCAUUCUACACAGCAUUCAGUUUUGGCUGUGGUACAAAGAGAAAAACUAACCAAGAAUAUACACCACAUUCCAGGCUGCUGUUUCCUAUCCAUUUACAGGCUGUACUUUUACUGUAUUUCUUCAUACUUGAAACUCAUUCCACUGUUUUAAUAUCAGGGUACAGACUUGUAAGGGUGCAUGUUCCUUAAAGGUGCAAAAUUACUCUCAUUCCGUUUGCUCAUACUGCUACAGAAUGCUCUGUUUUGGUGCUUUGGGUUCCUCAGGUCAAAGAAGCAGUGUGGAAAUUCACUGCCUGGAACACAGUCUUACAAGAAUGUUGGCAGAUGGUUUGGUGUUAAAUAUUGCUUGUGCUGCUUUCUCUGUACACAAGAUUGAGAGUGACCACACUGGCCUGGCAAGUUCACCUGGGUAGCCUUCCUCACAGGGUACAUACACCCUGUGCUCUCCCCAAGGGUUAGCGCCGUGCAGCUCUAUGAAAGCAGGGACCUCCCCUACAUAAUCGGAUCAUUUAGCCCUCAAAGAAAAAUGGCCUCGGGAACAGAAUGGGGAGGGCCAUCUCACUCUAGUGACCCUCCAUUCCAUCCAGAAAGCCCUCCUGAGGCUCCCCACCCCCCAAAAAAAAAGGAACUUCAUAGCGCCCUGAGCUGAAGGAUCUUGCUUCCCUCCCUUUAGGUAGAUGAAAAUACAAGUCAGAUGAUCGAGACUCUUCCCACCUGAAGAAGAAAA